ACCAGGGAAACAUAAACACAGGAAAUGCGAGCGGCCCCUUAGCUCUCAGCCAUCAAAGCCUGUGAUUGUUCGCCCGGGCUCCAAAAGGUGAUUGACGCACAGAAAAGGGACUUUAUUAGGAUCUACUGGACACAAGGGGCACUGUCCUCUGAUUGGCUCGGACAACCCCACUGACAUGCCCGUGGCCAAUCAGAGGUGUGUGAUGUCGGGGGCGGAUGUGGAGGUGUACCUGUCCCAGGUGCACGAUGGGAGUGUGUCGUCGGGGUUCCGGGCGCUGUACGAAGAGCGCUUGCUGCUGGACGUCACGCUGUUGAUAGAGGAGCACCACUUCCAGGCCCACAAGGCGCUUCUGGCCACACAGAGCGACUAUUUCCGGGUCAUGUUCACAGCAGACAUGAGGGAGAGGGACCAGGACAAGAUCCACAUGAAGGGGCUGACGGCCGCUGGGUUCGGCCACAUCCUCCGAUUCAUGUAUUACGGCUCGUUGGAGCUCAGCAUGCCCACUGUCCAAGAAAUCCUGCAGGCGGCGAUGUACGUCCAGCUGACGGAGGCGGUGGAGUUCUGCUGCUCCUUCCUGUUGGCCAAGAUCUGUCUGGAGAACUGUGCCGAGGUCAUGCGGCUUCUGGAGGACUUCAGCGUAGGCGUGGAGGGCGUCCAGGAGCAGCUUGACAACUUCCUACUUGACAACUUUGUCCCCCUCAUGAGCCGACCCGACUUCCUGUCCUACCUCAGCCUCGAGAGACUGCAGGCGUACCUGAACAGCGAUGCUCUGAGCCGCUUCCCAGAAAUCGAGCUGUACGAAGCGGUUCAGGCGUGGCUGCGACACGACCGGCGGCGCUGGAGGCACACGGACACCAUCGUGCAGUCCAUCCGCUUCUGUCUCAUGACGCCUGCCAACAUCUUUGAGAAGGUGAAGACGUCAGAGUUUUACCGUUACUCCCGACAGCUGAGGCAGGAGGUGGACCAGGCGCUCAGCUACUUCCACGAUGUCAACCAGCAACCUCUGGUGGAGACGCGCUCCAACCGCAUCCGCUCCGUCCGCCCGCAGACCGCCGUCUUCAGGGGGAUGAUCGGCCACAGUAUGGUCAACAGCAAGAUUUUGCUGCUGCAACGCCCAAAGGUGUGGUGGGAGCUCGAGGGACCUCAGGUGCCGUUACGACCGGACUGCCUGGCCAUCGUCAACAACUUUGCCUUCCUGUUGGGCGGAGAGGAGUUGGGGCCCGACGGAGAGUUUCACGCUUCCUCCAAAGUCUAUCGCUACGACCCUCGACAGAACUCCUGGCUACGCAUGGCGGACAUGUCUGUGCCCAGGUCGGAGUUUGCCGUUGGCGUCAUCGGUAAGUUUAUUUAUGCUGUGGCGGGCCGCACGCGAGACGAGACCUUCUACUCCACAGAGCGCUACGACAUCACAGAGGACCGCUGGGAGUUUGUGGACCCGUACCCUGUAAACAAGUACGGUCACGAGGGAACGGUUCUGAACGGGAAACUGUACAUCACUGGAGGAAUCACCUCCUCCUCCACCUCCAAACAGGUGUGUGUGUUCGAUCCAGGGCGGGAAGCUGGAGGUGGGGGAGGUGGGGGAGGAGGAGGGGGAGGCAGCUCGGGGGGCUCGGACGUACACAGGACACGCACUGGCAGGGGACCGCUGCUGCCCGGCACUCAAGCCAGCUGCUGGGAGAACAAAUCCAAAAUGAACUACGCCCGCUGCUUCCACAAGAUGAUCUCUCACAACGGGAAGCUGUACGUGUUUGGUGGUGUGUGCGUGAUCCUGCGGGCGUCCUUCGAGUCGCAGGGCUGCCCGUCCACCGAGGUGUACGACCCAGACACUGACGAGUGGACCAUCCUCGCCUCCAUGCCCAUAGGGCGCAGCGGCCACGGGGUGGCGGUAUUGGACAGGCAGAUCAUGGUGCUGGGUGGCCUGUGUUACAACGGCCACUACAGUGACUCCAUCCUCACCUUCGACCCCGACGAAAACAAGUGGAAGGAGGAUGAGUAUCCCAGGAUGCCUUGCAAACUGGACGGUCUGCAGGUGUGCAGUCUGCAUUUCCCAGAGUAUGUGCUCGAGCACGUCAGACGCUGCAGCUGAGGUCUGCUCCACAGUAAGCCUCCUUUUUAUAGAAACGAGAUGCACUGAUCGACGACUGCAGUCUCCUGCUGUGACGUCAGGUUUUUACAGGCGGGAGAGACUCACCUGACGUGCAGGCUUUUAAACGAGAGAUCAGCACUUACCCAGGGCGAGGAAAAGGUUGACUCUUCUUCAUGAAGGCAGUUCAAGCUUGGCGUGGUGAGUUGCCACAAACAGUCAGCUGGAACAUUUUCAGAAUUAGCUUUCUCAGAAAAAUAAGGAAAACUAAUCGUGGGGAGAAAAAAAAGUUUCAUUCUGCUGGUUUAUGUUUGGACUGUGGUCAGUUUCCUGUUCUACUCACUGACUGUAUCUAGGCUGUCGUGUCAGGCUCACUGCAGAAACGCACUGGAAGCGUCAGAAUCACUCAUUCACCACGUAAACGUGUGUUUGGAUUUUAUUCUAUUUAAAUCCAGACGUACCUCCUGUAUAUCUUUAAUCAAUUAGGUCGCUAGUUAGCUAAAGCAAACCUCUGACCGCGGCUAUUUCAAUCAAACAAUACUAAUAGUAUAUAUAACAGCAUACAAUGAGGUAUAUAAACUAACUAUAACACUAUAUACUGUAGUGUAGUUCAUUUUAGAGCCUGUUUCCAGAUAUAUGAAGCAGACUGUUGAGACACAGCGACAUCGUUCCAGAUUCUGCUUCAGUUUACCACCAGCUGUACAAUUUCAGGUAAAUUCAGGUUUCGCUUCCAGUGCGUUCCAGCUUUUUAGCCCAAACUCUGCUCGUUACUUCCAGAUAUCCACGAUACUGUGCUCAUGUUCGCACAACGUCUUUUUGCGCCCCCCC